AUGGCAACAACAUUCGGCUUAACGAUCACCAUUAUCUUCUUUGCCUGCUUCCUGAGUACGGAAGAAAUUGAUCUGUCACAUCAGGACAUACCCGAAUUCAUUGGUUUGAUAAGCCGUGACAUUGAAACCAUUCCAAGUCCACUAGCUUUCGGUCAUAAAUACAUGACAGGGAUACAAAGACAUGAUAAACUGAAAGCGGAAUCAGUUACAGGUGGAGCUGGUGAAGGUUCGCAACUUCUGCGGCCUGAUUCUGAUUUUGAAGAGCGUGAAAAGGUGAAAAGCGACAACAUAUUGCCAUCCUAUUGUGAACCACCAAAUCCAUGCCCGUUAGGUUAUACAGCAGCGGAUGGUUGCUUGGAAGAAUUUGAAAAUAGCGCCGAAUUUUCACGAAAUUACCAAGCUAGACAAACAUGUAUUUGCGAUCAAGAGCAUAUGUUCAAUUGUCCAGACAAAAAGACGGAUGAUGAGUUGGAGGAAAGUUUGCAAAGUAUUCUUAACGAUCAAGGAUUGCAUAAAACUCUCAUUGCCAAAAAAUUUCACGAAAAACGAUCAGAAGCAAUGGCACCUCGUCGAAAGCGCUCCAUCAGAGGAAUGCCCAUACACCUUAUCAAAAAUCACAAAAAUCCAUAUUUCAAAGGUGAAAUAUUAAAAUCGGUGAUUAAAAAGGAUGGUCGAAAUACGUGGCACUGA